GUUACUUCAGGUGCUCAAGGUCGUGUUAACAAUACGGUGGCAGUUUCAACUAAGUGGUAACAGUCAAAAUACUUAUUAUUGGGAGGCGCUCUUAAGGAGUUUAACUCUCUAGAGCCUGAUGUCUUUGAUUAGUGAGGUCGGGUCCUCUUUGCGCAAAUAUGUUUUUGAAAAACUUUCCAAAACACCCGGAUGGAAGGUUUUGAUUAUGGAUGAUGCAGCCACACGUGUAUUGUCAUCAUGUUUCAAGAUGCAAGAUAUAACUGAGUACGGUGUAACUCUUGUAGAAUCUCUAAACUGCAAGCGUCAAAAACUAAAUAUGCACGCAAUAUAUAUCAUGAGGCCCCGAAGAGCAGAAAUAGAAUUGCUUUUACAAGACUUUCCUGAAUCAAAUCCAACAUAUUCAGCUGCACAUGUUUUCUUUUUGUCUUCUUGUCCGAACGAUUUACUUAAUCAGAUAAUUGCUUCACAAGCAGUCCGACGUAUUAUGAAUAUGAUUCAAUUGUCGGUGGAUUUUAUUCCCUUGGAAUCUCAUCUUUAUUCACUAGAAGCCACGGAAAGUGCUCAACUUUACUUUUUGCCAUCAGAUAUUGUUCAUGACAAACUCAGUCGAAUCGACCAAAUUGCAGAACAACUUGCUUCUGUUUGCAUAACUUUGCAAGAAUAUCCAAAAAUUUGUUACCAAAAGACAGAGAGUAACCUCGAAUUGGCCCGUCUUGUGCAAGUGAAGUUAGAUACCUAUAAGAGCGAUAACCCGAUUCUGGGUCAGGGCUCACAUAAAGAUCAAAGUCUUUUGUUGAUCGUUGACCGAAGUUUGGAUCCCGUUUCUCCUCUUUUGCACGAAUUGACAUUACAGGCUAUGUGUUAUGAUUUGCUCACUGUGGAGGAAAACACAAUUGAAUAUAGUGGAAAUCGCAAAGCAAAUGUUUCUGAUGGCGAUGCAUUGUGGAAAGAAUUUCGUCAUCAGCAUGUUGCAGAUGUCACGAGGGCACUUCCUCAACGUGUUCGUGAAUUUGCUGAAAGUAAAAAACAAUUUGUUGAUUUCGAAGAAGCUAAUUUGGAUAAUGUUCCAUCAAAAGAAGAUACAAAUAAAAAUACUGUUGAUAUAAGAGAUUUAUCUGAUCUUAUCAAACGUAUGCCACAAUAUCAAACAGAAUCGGCUAGUUAUGCAGCUGCUUAUCAUAUUGUUGAGACUUGUAUGGCUACGUUCAAAAAAGGUGUUGAUAAACUAUGUGAAAUUGAACAAGAUCUUGUGAUGGGUGAGAAUGCAAAAGGAGAACCUAUAACGGAUCCUAUGCGUGUAUUGGUUGAUAUUUUCAAAUACGAUUUUACAUCAGUGGAAGAACGUUUACGUCUUUUACUUCUCUUCACUCUUAUAAAAGAGGGGUUUGCAGAAACACAUUUAGAUAAAUUGUUGGAUUGUGCUCAAGUUGCACGUUCGUUCAAACCACUAUUUGCAAGUCUUUCAUUCAUUAUGAAUGCUCAAUUAAUUCAAUCUGACCCCGUCACUAUAUCUUUGCCUAAUCAGACAAAUGUUCCACAAUAUCAAUUGGGUAGAUGUGUAUCUCUUCUGCGUUUACCACCAAUUCCAAAAGUUAGCCAAUUAUUACAAACAUACCUUCCAAUAAAAAAGAAACGUGUAGAUCGUGUUAAUGCUAGUUCAUAUGCAUUAUCACGAUGGACGCCGUAUAUUUUAGAUAUUAUGGAACAAGCUAUUUCGGGUAAGCUGGACAAAUCACGUUUUGGAUUCGUUGUAGCGAAAGGUAUCAAAGAUGUGUUUGGCCUCGGUAAUGCAGUAGAUACUAGUUCUAAGGAUUUUAAAAAGCCUUCCGCACGAUUUCAUGCCAGUGGUGUUUUGUCUACAGGUCCUUCAGCAUCUGUUAGGUCAUCUAGUCCAAAUCCUGGUUCGGAUCGGAAUACAGCUGCUUCUUCUAUGACUGAACAUUGUGGUCCUCGUCUUAUAGUCUUUGUUGUUGGAGGUUUCACGUUAUCAGAAGCCAGAGUGGGUUACCAGUUAACGCAAAGAUGUGUGGAAACUCGUCUUGCAGCUAGUGACAAGAAUACAAAUAAAAUAAAUACACCUACCACAGAAAAUAUUUCAACAAUCCCAGGUGGAGGAGUUGGUUGGAACUGGGAAGUUGUACUUGGUGGUACACACUUGUUGACACCAAAAAUAUUUCUGGAUAAUCUUGAAGGUAUUGCAAAAAUUAUAAUGCCACCAGUUUCAAGUACACCAAUACCUGAAUCAGUACUUCGUCGUGUCUCAAUUAUGAAUCCUUUUCGGGGGUGAAUUAUUAUAGCUAUUAUUUAGUCCAUAACAAGUGAAUUUGGGCUAUUCUCGACUACGCCAUCACUGACAUGUCAUUAUCAGUUAUAAUUAUUUGCAAUUAGUCUGUAAUUUUUUUUAUUAUCAAAGCUACAUUCCAUAAUAUCUAUUUUUGCUUAUCAACUGUGAUUUUCUACGGGAGAAGACUAUUAUUUGUUAUUAAUCUUUUCUGUGUUAACAUAUCUCAAUGAGAAAGCUGUCCAUGUCAUUUGUAAUCUUUUUUUUCUAAAAAAGGAACAAUUAAUCUAACAACUAUUUGUUGUUUUCUAAAUUUAAUCAAUUUUUGAAACUCCUUAAAGAAAGUUAUUCAUGUGCAAACAUUCACUAGCUUGAUAUAAUAAUGUUCAUUUUUACUAAAUCUAUUUUUUUUUUAUUGUAACUUGAUGUGUAUGUGUGAAUGACCAGAAAUUUGCCUUAAAUUACAUUGAUUUUGUUAGACGAGAAAUUGUUUGUUAUUUUACUGGGAACUCACUAGUUAGAAGCGUUUGUUGCUUUGAUAAGUGUAUCUCAAGCUAGAUUUUAAAUUAUGUAUCUGUCGUAUCGAAAUACUGAAGAAUUCCUCCUUAAAAUGCUACUUCCUGUAUUACAAGCAACAUUUAUACGAAUGGGUCAUUAAAAUUACAACAAUAAUACUUUAUUAUUCGUAAGAGAAUAAAUAUGGAAAUGCGUAAGUUUAUCUUACAGAUGUUUAUGAAGUGAUCAAAGAAGAUCAUAUUUAUAGACAACUGGCACUCAUUGAGGAAUAUAUGACUACUGAUAUGAUCACCUGUUGAGAUCCGUACAUAACAUAGGUUUUAUGUAAAACAACGACUCUGUCCAUCGUAAUUUUAUUACUUUAAUUUAGUAUUUGUUAGUUCCUCGCUGUCUUGUGUCAAAUCUUUCCUUUAUUGUGAACACCUGUUUGAUACUAUUAAUUCCAGGCAAUAUUU